UAGUAAUUUACGGGGCUCGUCAAGCUAGGUUGCAUGGAGCCUGCCAUACUGAAGUCCAUAGAAAUCUGACAGCUUCUUCAAAGGUGAGAGAGACGUCGUGGGUUCAGCUACUAGCUCCGGGGUUGUUUUUUACUUUCUAUUUCAGUUCCCCGGUCCUACCAUACUCUGUGAGUCUGGGGUUGCCACUGUCAAAAAACACGCACUCCAAGUCCAAUCACAACCGCACCAUGAACAAAAAGAAGAAGGACUGGAAGACAGAGAAAGACAGAGUGUUGAAAAUGUCGUUGGAGGAGAGGCGUAAGGGGUACCGUCGGUCUGAAUACGUACCUCUGGACAAGAUCUUCACCUGGAGACAGACUCAGCAGAGUAAAGAAGACAUGAGCUAUUUUCUGCCACGCAUAAUGAAAGCUGUAAACUUCCUACGUCCAUCAUUCUCCAUUACAGUGGAAGAGGAGAGGAAGGACCUACUGAGUGACAAAGUAUCUCUCUACAAGGGUGACAUCACCAUCCUCGAGGUCGAAGCCAUAGUCAACGCAGCUAACACCAGUCUUCUUGGAGGUGGUGGAGUUGACGGCUGCAUACACAGAGCGUCAGGCUCCUGUCUGUAUGAUGAAUGCAUCACACUCAAAGGCUGUGAAACCGGCAACGCCAAGAUCACCUGUGGCUAUGAUCUACCGGCUAAAUAUGUGAUACACACUGUGGGGCCUGUUGUCAGAGGACAUUUGGGUGAAACAGAGACCAAGGACCUGACCGCCUGCUACCAGAACUCACUGAAGCUGGUCAAGGAGUUCGGACUGCGCUCUGUGCCAGUGACCAGUGGUGUGCCGAUGAUGGCCCGACGCUGCCUGCCAAGCAGACUACUGUUCCAGAGGAGGGCCGCAUGGAUCUGCAGCGCAUGA